AAUCUAAGAAUAUAAAUAUGCUAUUUAAACCGAAAGCAGAGAGACGGCAGCAUACAGAGCGGGUGUGGGCUGGAAAAGCAUAGGCGAAUUGGACAGAGCAGGGAAGAAAUGGAGAAGCCAAAAAGACAAAGCAAAAAGAGAAGAAAAACCAGAGCUUUCCAUACUCAUAAUAACAAUGGAUUCCCAAAUCUAACCGACUCAGAUUUCGACUCCAACACCGAUUUUGCUCUUCUGCUAGCAGCUCUCUGUAAUCUUCACAAACACUCUCAUUCCCUCUCCUUAUUAAUCAGAAAAUGCUUGACCAAAUUCCAUGCCUCUCUCCAUCACAUCCUACCAAACAGUCCAAUUCUCUCUCUGCUACCCAUCCUUGUAAGCUCCAAGAGUGCCGGAAUCGCAUAUCUCGGUGCGGAGAUUGUUGGGGCGGCCUCGCUGCUGUCGCUGGAGAUGAACCAGCGGAUUGCUAUGGACGGUGAGACGGUAAAGGCUUUGGUCUCUGCGUUGGUGCACCCUAAGAGGAGAGUAAUUCUGGCUGCUUGUAACGCUGUUUUGGAUUUGUGCACCACUUCCAUUGGACGUCAUUGCCUGCUUGAUUUCUCUGCCCUUGAGGCUCUUAUAUUUCGGUUCCUUCAGGUUCAUAUGUCUCCAAAUUCGGUUUCUCUAUGCUCUGUGGACAGCAGAAGAAUGACCUGUACUAUUAUAGGGUUUAAGGGAGAUGAACAUCCAGUAUUACUUCUAAAUGCUGCGAUUAAUCUGAUUAACACCUGCAACAUUGAACAAUUGGAAAAGAUCCCAAGAAACCUCUCCGUAGCUUUAUUGGCCUUUUCAAAGAAGCUGUGGGCACAAGUUCAUAGUCAAAUGUUACUCAACAACUGUAUGAAAUUCAACCAAGAGACGGACUUCUAUGCUAGCAACAUUAAAAUUAACAAUCUGGCAGAAAGCAUCUUUAGGCUUUCCAUUUGUGCUGAUCAACUUUCCAUUGCUUUGCCAUUUGAGGCAAUUGAGAUGAGAAUUUUUGGUUCUAAAGAGGCUGGUUUUGAAGAUUUCAUGUUAAAUCAUUGGGAAGCUUCUCCCUUUAUCAUGGAAAGGCUUUUAGGGGAUUCAAAUGACAAGUAUGAUAUAUUCGGCCCAUUUAUACAAUCUUUAAACUCAAAAGAAUCAUUUCCUUUUUUCCUUUCUUCUAUGCUUCAAAGUAUGGUUUCUUGCCUUCCUAUUGCUUCAGAUGAAUUAGACAUCCUAAGUUUCUUGAAGGAGGUACAGCAUAAAUUGGGUUGUCCUAUUAUCUACCAGCAGGAUGUGCGGGUUUUAAGAAUGAAAAUGCCUUUGGAAAGAGAGGAGCAUUUCUUUCAGUUCGCAUCUAAAUCUUGCUGCUUGAAUGAUUCUCAAACUUUUAAGUUGGAUGAUGUUUUGAAAUGUGGAGAAGCAUACCAAGCUGGUUAUACAAUUGCUUUACGUGGCAUGGAGUUCCGUUUUGAGAGCAUCGCAGCUAUUGCAGAUGGAUUGGCAUCUCUGUUUGGUCAACCAUCGGUUGGUGUCAAUAUGUACUUGACACCACCAAAUUCUCAGGGCUUGGCUCGUCACUAUGAUGACCAUUGUGUGUUUGUAUGCCAACUUCUUGGAACUAAGAAAUGGAAAGUUUUCUCUAAAUCAAACUCACAGUUACCUCGCUUGUAUGAUCCCAUUGAUAGUCUACAUUGUCCCGAAGCUGAGAAUUCCACUGCUGCAUGCACACUUUUCUCCUUGGGGGAAGGUGAUGUUUUGUAUAUUCCAAGAGGUUUUCCUCAUGAGGCAUGUACAAAUAGUGGUGAUGGGUAUUCUGGAUUUUCCUUACACCUUACAUUUGGUAUUGAGGUUGAGCCUCCAUUUGAGUGGGAGGGAUUUGUUCACGUUGCACUCAAUUAUUGGCACAAGAACCAAAAGCCUCAUUAUGCGUCUGACUCGUCAUCUGGUAUUCUUUAUGAUAUAUCUGUUGAUCUUUUACAUGUUACUAUUGGGCUGAUUGCUGAUUCUGAUCAUACCUUCCGGAAGGCUUGUUUGGCUGGUGCAGUUUCAUGGCACUCAUAUUCCAAUAAUAGGCUUGAGAUACAGAAAACCAUAUUCUGUGAUUUACUUCGUAAAAUUAAUACUGAACCAAGGUUUUCGGAAGUGGUCAAGAGUGUAGAAGUUGCAAUACAGAAAAAUGAAGAUCCCUUUCAGAGGAUCAAAUGGCUACAGUUUUUAAAUCAGAAAGCGGAAACUGUUGAGAGACAAGAUUGGAAUAUGCCUUUUAUGGGACCUGAAUACUUUUCCACUUUAUGUGGUCAAGAUAGAGACAAGGGAGAAGCUGCAUUCAGCUUGGUAAAGUCUCGGUUCUGUUGUGAGGUGAAAUUUGACGAUGUAAUUGGGAGCUAUAGAAUGCUGCUUGAGAGGUAUAAAAGGGUCAGAAAGCAAUAUACGAACGGAAUGAUUUCUCUGCAUUAUGGAUCUUGAUCUCUCCUGAAUAUAUCAGUAAUUUUUCAGUAUUACUCAAUUCUCACUGGGUGAGUCUCUGACAGCCAGGAUCAAUGAGCUUAUAUGUAGCAUCAUGACAUCUGCCAACAUUAUAUGUGAGCGAUGUAGCCAACCUUGAAAGGCAGCCUUGUUUUCUAAGUUAUUGUCAAUAGGCUCACGCACAACUAGCUCACAGGUACAUGUUACAUUUUGAUGACUUGGGUUGUAUUCCAGUUACUGGAGAAGUAAGACUUAUGUGCAAUAGUCUGGUAGGAGAAUAGUAAGUAAGAAUAGACAUAGGACACUUCAAAGAUGAUUUGAACAUCUUUUGUUUUUUUUUCAAAUAUAUGACUCAAUCAUUACAUAUAUGAAACUAUUAAUGAUAAAUAUAGUACGUCUGCAUAGUCUUUCGAUUAUGAAGGCGAGAGAACUUCCAUCAGGAAGGUUUAUUGUA